CUGUCAAUUACGACACCGUCACGCCAGAACUCCAUCAUGAGGUACAGCUUCGUGCUGUUGGGUCUCCUGGCCGUCUUGUGUGCCACUUCAGAAGCUGAACAGCAAAAGAACAACAGCGGCCAGCCACAUGUGAUCAUAUACGAAGGAUUUCACAAUAGCAGCGAAGAGAGCAGUGACGAAAGCAGUGAGAGCAGUUCAGAGAGCAGUGAAGAGGGCACUGAACAGGACACUGUAGAGUACAGUGAAGACUAUGAGGAGGAAGAAAGGCAAUUCAUGAAGGGUAAAAAACGAUUUAAGCCUAAUAAUACCAGACCCUCCCGUCGCCGGCGCACCACCACCACUACCACUACCUCCACUAUUGCGUCCAGCGUCGCACAAUGACAAUAGAACGCCAGAUGAAACCUUAAUGCAUGCCAGAUAAUUUCAACAAAUGCAGCAAAGAUAGGUGCAAACAAAAACAAAUGGGGCUUGUGCUUCCGAACCCAUUAUGUGCCUCUGUAACCCUUUCCACUACCGCCCACAAGAUGGGUAUGGGGUGCAUAAUAAAUGAACUAAACUAAACUAACUAGCUUCCACAAAAUCACAAAUCACCAUAGACUGACCAAAGUCCAAAAAAACAAAAAAAAAAACUUUAACUUAUAUCAACUUUAAUAAUGGAAGCACAAGAACGUGAAUAAAGAACACCGAACGCUAAAAAUUUAAUUUUAUUUCACACAGAUUUUAUACGAAAGUUAUUAUCAUUGGCAAAAUUUACAUUCCAGUUAAUGUUACAAGCUACUUCAGACAUAAAUUGUGAUGGGUUAUUUAAGGACUAUAGAGCACUGCAUAACAUCAAGAAGAACAAAAAUAGGGAACAAGAACUGCCUGUUCUUGAACCAGAGAAACAAUGCCAAAAACCAGUUCAUCAUAAUACUAAAAUUAACAAAAUUAAAUAUAAUAUACAAAAUUACUCCUUUUAGGUAUAAAAUUAAUAAAGAUUUAGAUGAGAAUCACAAAACAUAAAUAAUAAAGCAAUAAAUAAAAAAAUGGCCAAAUUAUAACGAAAAAGUAAAAAUAAUAAUAUCUAAAAAAAACAGAAUGGCAAAACAAUAACAAAAAUAGUAAAAACAAUAGAAUACAAGACAUAGAACAACAUCAAAAUAAUAAAAAAAAUAAUAAAACAUAACAAAUAAAACAGUACAACCAUAACUGAAGUAAAAAUAAUUACAAAAGACAAAAUAUAGAACAACGUCAAAGAAAUAACAAUAACAAAAUCAAUA